AUGUCGUCUGUAUCACGUGUUUGUUAUAAUAAAAUCAAGUUUAUUGUAAAAUCUCGUGAUGAUCAGCCAGAUGAUGAAGUUAUCGACACGUUUUGUUUGGACGGCGAAUACGAAAUAAAAUGUGGAUAUCCAAAUCGUGCAGCACUUGAAGAGGGCGUGAAUUUAUAUAGCUUUGAAAGCGCUGUGGAUUUGAAAGCUGUGUAUAUGUAUGGAAAUAUUUUGUAUAAAUCAGAUGAACCUAACAUAUGGGACUAUUUGGAUUUGAUGAUCAUGGCAACUUACAAAACGAAAUUACCAGUGCCUGUAAAUUGUAACGUGGAACACAGUAAAAAAAUUGAAUGGGGCACCAUUUGCCCUACUAUUCAUACUUUGUUUUCGUACGAUGGUAAAUUAUUCACUUUAUAUGGAAGAUAUAUUUAUGGAUACGAUGCCCCUUACGUAAGGUUUUUAAAAUUGGAUAAACUGAAAAAAGAUCACGCGAGUAGUGAUACACCGAAACAAGGUUCCAUGUAUAGUGAUAAAUUGAAAAAAGAUCACGGACAUAAUGAUAAACCAAAACAAUGUAAUGUAGCAGAAAGUAAGAAGGCUGACGCAAAAAGUGAAGAAGUAAAAAAAACUGACGAGGACGCAAUUGAAGAAUAUUAUGGCAAUUGGAAGAUCAACCCACCAAUAAUGAAUUCAGAAGAAAUCGUUCUGCCUGUUGUCCCCAAUAAUAUACGAUGCAAAGAGCUUGAAAACUUUUUGUGUGAUUACAUGUAUGCUUUUACGAUUGUUGAUGAGAAGACGAAGGUGUUACAUGCUUUUGCUUUAUAUCGUUGA